UUAGAGCAGUUCAGACUAGGACACGCUCUCACGUUGAGGAACUCUACCAGGCUCUGGGAGGAUGCUGCUGCUGCUAUGCCAACUCUUGGUGGGCACCCUGAGGGGUCAUUUGGCUGCAGCAUCCUCGCAUUCCACCCUCUGCACCAGCGAUGCCUGUUACACGGCGCACAUGGUCGGCAAGCCCUUCUGGGAGGCGCUAGACAGCUGCAAGGUCAAUGGGGGGAACCUGGCGACGGUAAAGGACGAACGGGAGGCGAAGCACAUCCAUCGGCUGCUGGAGUCGAGCCUCGCCGGGUCGCCGGGCACCCGCUGGAGGUUCUGGCUGGGGCUCCAGCUGCCCCGCCGGCACUGCUACCAGCAGCACAAGCCGCUGAGGGGCUUCAUCUGGACCUCGGGAGGCGAGGAGACCACCUAUUCCAACUGGGCCCGGGAGCCACUUAGCACAUGCACCGCCCACCGCUGCGUCCAUCUUGCCGUCUUCUCCUCCACCGGCCCCGGUGCCACGGGGAGGCGCUUCGCUUGGGCGGACGGCGUGUGCGGUCAUGGCCGGGCCGAAGGCUACCUCUGCAAGUUCAGCUUCCGGGGCAUGUGCCGGCCCAUCAAGCUAGCCGGGCCGGGCUCGGUCACCUACACUACCCCGUUCGACGCCGAGAGUGCCACCCUGGCCCUGGUGCCCUUUGGCUCGCUGGCUGCGGUGUCGUGCCGGGGCUCCGGGUCGGACAGCUACACCCUGUGCCAGGAGACGAGCCCCGGCUCGUACGGCUGGUCGCCGGACGAACCCCUGCGCUGCGCCCGCCCCUCCGGCUGCGAGGCGGAGAAUGGCGGCUGCGCCCAGCUCUGCGUCGACGGUUUGGGCGGGAGGGCCUCGUGCCAUUGCCUCGACGGUUACAGACUCGCGGACGACCUUCGCUCGUGCUUACCCCUGGAUCCCUGCUUGGGACGCCCCUGUCCGCCCCUGGAUCCCUGCCUGGGACACCCCUGUGAGCAGCUUUGCGUCCAAAGGCCCGAAGGCUUCGAGUGCUCCUGCCGUGCGGGCUACGUCCUGGCCGAGGACGGGCGCGGCUGCCUGGACGUCGACGAGUGCACCUCCCAACCCUGUGCCCACCGGUGCCAGAACACGCUGGGGUCCUACACGUGCCGGUGCCGCCCCGGCUACGAGGCCAACAGGCAUGCCUGCGUCGACGUGGACGAGUGCGCCGGGCAGCCGUGUCAGGGGCCCUGCUCCAACACCCAAGGCAGCUUCCAGUGCUCCUGCAGGCCCGGCUACACCUUGAGGGCAGAUGGAGUGUCCUGCGCCCCACUGGAUGUGGUCAGCACCUCACAGGACAUAGUCAGCAUCCCGACCGCCCCGGGUACGGACUGGAACACGGAGGCCGCAACCUCCGACACGAUGCCAACAGCUGUGGGGAUCCGCUUGGGCUCCACCGCAGACAGGCCAGGAGGGGCAACCACGAAGAGUGGGACUGUCCUGUAUUUUAGCAUCGGGAGCCGGUCACCGGUCACAUCGCCCGUGGGCAGGGAGCUGCACGGCACGGACAGGGUGCCCGAUUCAGUGAGAAACGAGGCGGCUAGAGACUGGCUCCUGGCCUGCGUCCUGGGUUCGCUGUCCGCUGGCCUGCUCCUCCUUUGCAUAGUGGCUGUAAUUCUGUGUUGUCGCCAUAGGGCUGCGAAAGGCAAGGCUGACAACAGUGGGCAAUUCUCCAGCUGGAUCCAAGCGCCCGGGCCACCGUCAUUUAGAGCCAAAGGCAAAGCCACGUCUGCCUGCUCUUCCAUCAACAACUACAUCGAGAUGGAGACGGAUCAGACUGCAAUCUAGAUCAGAAUAAACAAGGGUCCUUCUCAAAAUCCGCCAUUUCGACAAAAAAAUUCUAAAUAAAUGAAGUCAUCUUGGAUCAGUUACUACAAAAUAAGUGAACCAAGUCCAUUUCUGUUCCUUGACAAAGGAUUUCCUGCGUCGACCGGUUUUGCUUCAUUCUGAUAUGAACUUUGCAAAAACAAAAUUUUGCAGAUGCUGGGAAGCUGAGAUCAUGCCAGAAAAAAAAUGUCGCAAAUACUUGCAGAUCCAGCAGUAUCAGUGGAAAUGGAGAAGUGAGCGAGAAAGAGUUAAUGUUUCAGGUCUGUGACCUUUCAUCAGAACUGCAUUGGGGAGUGUUGGAAGCAAUUUUUCUUCUUGUAUAAACUUAGUUGGGUUUGUUGAAGUUUACACUUGCUUUCUAAAGCUACCAAUAGUGUAGCGCAAUUGCAAAGUUUUACCUAUUUUAAGUUUUACCUGCACUCUUCAUGUGGUGUACUGGUACGAAUUGUGACCAAAAACUUAAUGUUACAAGGUAGAUUUUAUAAUCUUAGGAGAGUACAGGUAUGAUCUAAUCACCAUUAUUCAAUUGUGCAUUUUUUGUUUAACCUACCAGCAAAUAUCUUCAAAUUAAGUUAAGGGAACCUUGUUCAAAAUUAAUUUUGCAGAGUGUAUGAAAUUAAAAUAUGCUGCAUAUUAAAUUAAAUGUUACUUCCUCAAAAUAUUCAGUUGGGAAGGCAAAGGUCACACUCCAUGUUGUCAAUUGAUAGUGCUGUCACUUCUGGCUGAAGCAAGUUCUAAGUUCAGCUGCCACUCCAAAGAAUUAUAAUUAAGGCUGGCGCUCCGCAGCAAUAUCAGUAGAGAUGCCUUUAAAAUUAUUUCAUGGAUAUGACGAGGCUAGUUAGUUGCCCACCCCUAAUUGUCCUUGAAUUGCGUGGCUUAUCAGAUCAUUUCAGAGGCCACUUAAGAUUCAGCCACAUUGCUAAAGGUUUAGAGUCACAUGUCAGCCAGACCACGUAAGGGCAGCAUAUUUCCUUCCCUGAAGGACAAUCGUGGAUCGCUGGGUUUUUAGCAAAAAUUGAUGACAGUUUCAUGGUCAUUGUUACUGACACUGAUUUUCAGUUCCAAUUUUAUCAAUGAAUUGAAUGAAUUCCACGAGCUGCCAUGGUAUGAUUUGAACCUGUAUCUUCAGAGCUUUUUCCUGUGCCUCUCAGUUACUAUUCCGGUGACAUUGCUACUACAUCUAUUUAAAAUGUUGCCUCAAGUUCUUUCUCAAGUGGAAGUUAAACACUUCAUGUUACUGUUCUCAGGAACACCUUAUAAAAAGCUAGUUAUCAAAAUUGUGUCUCAUAAAUAUGUGUCAUUGACAACUUUCUUUUCAAUCUUUGGAUAAAAUCUAUGAGUCAUUGUGAAUUGUUAUUUUGCAGAGUGCAGGAUAGUAGACAGCGUGAAGGGUCAGUGGUAGAACUACUGCUUUAAUUUAUAUAUAAAAAUAACUUGGAUAUUGGAAUGGAGAGCAAAAUUUGCCAAUGAUCCCAAACUUGGAGGAAUGCCAAACAAUGAAAGUGAUAUAAAUGAGUGCAACAGGACAUCAUGAAGCUGGCUGAGGGGUGCAGACAAGCGCCAGCUGUUGUUUAAUACACAGAAAUGUGAGGUGAUGCAUUUUGGCAGAAUGGAUAGAGACAAUAGAAAUAGCAAAGUUCAGUAGAGAAAGAAGGACCUUUAGAUAUUUGUAAAGUUGCAGGGCAUAUUAGGAACUGGUUAGCAGAGGUAUUGAGUACAGAAGUAAGGGAGUUGUGCUGAACCAUGUAAAGUUAUGGUUAGAUCACAGUUGCAUCCUGUUCUGGACAACACAUUUGGAAAAGAUGUGAGGAUCCUUGAAAGAAUGCAAAGGGGAUUUAUUAGAAUUGUUCCAGGGAUGAAAAAAAAUUAUCCACAAGGCUAGUUUGGAGAAUCUCCUCGUUGGAGCAAAGGAGAUUGAGUGGAAAUUUUUUAGAAGCACAGAAGAUUAUAACAUGUGAACAGUGUAUGAUAAAACAGUUCUCUUAGUUGAUGAUACAGUACUAAGCGCACAGAUUUAAGGUUUGGGCAAGAGAAGCAGGUGGGAGAUAAAAAGAAGUAUUUAGUUUACACAAAGUGGUAAUGACUUGGAACUUUCUGCCUUCAGUGGUAAUGGAAGCAGAGACUAUCAAAUUUUUCAAAAGGAACAUGGAUAAAUACUUGAAGGAAAUAAUCAUUUCAGGCAGUGCAAGGGAAGGAGAUUGAUUUUCCAGGGAUAGCUGGCAUGGACUUGAUGAGCUGAAUGUCCUCCUUCUGAGCCAUUAAUCCAUGGCUCUGGGUCUACAGUUGUAUACCUUGAAAAGUAAGGGAACUGCCUGUCAAUAUUCUUCCCUCAAGUAGAAUCUCAAAAAACAGAAUAUUUAAUCGUUGUCACAUUGCCAUUUUGUGGGAACUGUUGUGUGCAAAUUUCUGCCAUGUUUCCGAGUCACAAUGCUUCAAAAGUACGUUAUUAGCUGUGAAGCACUUUGCAACGUCUAAUGGUUGUGAAAGAUGCUACACAAAUAUAGAUUCUUCUUUCUCCUUGACUAUUUCUUCAGAUUCCAAAUAGAUUUUUUAAAUCCUCAAAAUUGUGUAUCUGCACUAACCAAAUAUAUUGAACAAAAGUUUGAUAUGAAAGACUCCAAGCUACCUUCAAAAUCAAAUUGACAAACAGAAAAGGCUUAUAAAAAAACAAAAGAACUGCGGAUGCUGUAAAUCAGGAACAAAAACAGAAGUUACUGGAAAAUCUCAGCCGGUCUGGUGGCAUCUGUGAAGAAGAAUCAGAGUUAACAUUUCAGGUCCGAUGACACUUUCUCAGGACUGAUGGUAACUAGGAAAAGUGUUGGUUUAUAUGCAGAAGAUAGGGUGUGGGAGGGAGUAAGAAGUUCAGUGGGCAAGAAAAAAGAUUGGACUGGGAUCUCCAUCAGAGAGAGGAGCAAAACUCUUUCACGGUGGGCAUGCCUAGAGGCUUAUAUUAAACUUGGGAAGAGGUAAUGUAUGGGUGCUCAAGGGACCAGUUUGGGAAGCAUCGCAUAUCAAAUUCAUAUUGCUAAUUUGCAUUGGUACUUUCCUGGGCCAUACCCUCAUUUUCUUCCAUUGUAAGUUUUGUAGUUAAUGAAUAGAAACACCAGAGACAUGGCUUAACUUGAUAUUUAUGUCAUUUCUUGGAUGGGAGCAGAGUUUUAUAGAUCUCUGCCAAAAUCUUGGUCAAUUAGGCAGCCCCCAUAGAAAUUUAACCUUUAGAAUUCAGAAGCUUAAAAUUAAACUUAUUUUUGGAAAUUAAUCAAAUUUAACAAUGUCGCUAAAUCAGAUUGAAUGGACAGUGGAAUUACUGAGUUUGUUAAAAUAUAUGACAGUUGAAAGAAUAAAAAGAUGUGUAAAAUACAAUAUAGAGGAAGAAAAAUGGUGAACAGACAUUCACUACAAAUGGAACUACUUUAAGAAAAAAAUUUAAAUGCUGCAGUGAAGGGACUGUGGACUCUUACUGAAAGAUUCAGCAAAAAUGGGAAAAUGAAUCUUCCUUGUCCGUACUUCCCUGUGAUCUGUGACACGGAUCUGUUGAUUCAUCUGGAAUGUAUGGAGCAUUAUUCUUGUCCUUUACAGCAUAGAAGUGAAAGUAAAUGAUAAGUCACUGAGAGAUUGUCUGCCCCAAGCACUGUGAAGCAUAAAAACGUGACAAAGUAUUAAAGUAUUAAUAAAUGGAAUGAGCUUAGAUGUUGGAUUCUGUGUAGGACCUAAGUUAACAUCUUUAAGUUGAAAAUAAAUCUAAAAGAAAACUAUUUGACAUUUUUGAUUGUUUUAAACUUAAAAUGUAAGUUGAAGGUAAACAAAUAUAUGACACUGCAUAUAAAUGGUGCUUAAAGAGCCAUAUUUAGAAUCUUAUGCAUAAAGAUCCUGAACUUGUAUACAAUUCAAUUUCAACCCGUUAAUAAUACAAGAAUCUCAAAGCUCCUGUUCCAUGUUCCUCCGAAGAGAAAAUUUGUUACUUAAAAAGUUAAGUAAUAACUCAGUUGCGGUUUUUUUUCUCUCAGGCUUCCUUUAAAUCCUUCCCAACAUCUUGUAUUUUAUAAAGUGUGUCAGAUUUGUACUAUUUUAAGUAAUAGUUUUAAAACUCCAAUAGACAUAUUUGGAAACAUGGCAAGACCUGUUUAUGUUGCUUAAUUGAUAUUUAUGAAUUGCACUAAUUUAAUUGAUUUAUAAAUGUUGAUUAGGUUAGCAGCAGUAUAAAUUUUCCCACUUAAUGCAAAUGCUAUAAUAGUCUGUUCACAGGCAUACUACAGUGGUACUGUCAUAUUUAAAACCUGUUUUAUAAAAUGUAUGACGUUUUAAAAUAAUAGCUGUGUCUCUUCUGUUACCUCUUACUGCCAUCUCUUUGAUGUUUGUUCGAGUUUGAUCAGAGGUGAAUUGACACAAACUCCUAAAGUCAACAUUGAAGAUUGUGUAGCCAAUUGGCCAAAUGCAGAAUGGUUCAAUACCAAAUUUAAUUAUACCCUUCAAUCUUACCCUGUGUUACACCUGAUGUGCAUUGAGCUUGUUCGAACCCACUUUCAGGGAGCCUUGGGCAACACAACAUUGGGGAAGUGCCACCAGAAUGCGUUGCAUCCUGGCACUUUGGGUAUCCGUGCUCCCUGGGCACAUGGUUAAGGAAAAUUGAGCCAAACAUACUUCCAAGUAAAUAGUGUAAUUUCACAAGAGCCAUUGUGGAGGAAAAGUGGGGAGAGGAAAACGGCAUGCAUUCCUCAAAAUUUAGAUCACGAGCCAAGGUAGUUUGAGGACUCUAAAAUAUUGGUUUUGCAUCAUAGCCAUCUGCAGUGCAGUCUACAGUGGUAUAAACUUGUCUUGACACACUCCUGGCAGUAUUCCAGGAUGACUGAGCCAUUUCUGUUAUACCUCAGUCAAUAUUAUUAAUAGUUAAAAUGGUUUCAUGUGUUAAGUGUCUAAAGGGUUGUUAGUGAUGUGGCAAUUGUUUCUAAAACAUAUGUCUGUCUAAUCUGUUUAUAUUUGUUAUGGUUUGCCAUGAUUUCAAACAACAAAUAAAAUAAAAACAAAGUUGAUUUUAUAAAAUUGAAGCAUACUGGCUCAGUCUUGGUGGGUGAUAAAGAUGUUAAUGUGAUGAUACAGACCAAAUGUAACAAGUUGGCUUCCUGGUUUUGUGCUGUGUCAGUUUACUUUGACUGAGGCAAAAGUCUUGGUGCCACAAUUGUCAUGAAGAGAAGCAAUCUAAGUUUUCUUUAAAAUCUUGUAUAGUACUGCAUGAAUUUGCUUUGAACUCUUAAACAAAGAUUAAAUUUAAAGGAAAAGAGACUCUGUACAACAGCGACAAUGUUGCAUCUGCAAGUGGCAUGGAGGUCGGAUGGAGUCAUUCAAUCUGGAGAACUGGAGAGGUUUGGCCAAGUCACAUGGCCCAGUUUGUGACUGAGAUAAAUCUAUUGCAUUAUUGAACUCAGUGAGAGAGAAAUUGACCCUACAGAAGAUCAACAGCCCAUUGUUCUCUCUCUCUUUCUUUGUGUCCCCUCCAAGCAAAAUGUAUGAGAUGAUAGCCAACCACAAGUCAUCUUUACCUCUCAUGGAGGAUUCCUAGAGAGGAUUUGAUGAUAUUUACUCCACCAUCUGGAGCAAAAGGAAUUUAGCCAGCUGCACCUUUUCAGGAAGGCAACACAGGGCCAGCAGCUUGUGUGUGUACAGAAUGCUUCAGAAGCAGAACACCAUUUGGUGACAAUUCAUGACUCAUCCAUUUUUAUACUGAUUUUAUGUGCUACCUGACCAAAGUACUUUCAAUUAAACACUGAUUUUCAUUCUU